GUUCAGCAUCCCAUUGUGAAAGCUACCAGAACAGGAAGCUUUCUUCUCGGGGGAACGUCUGUGUCCAUCGUCCAUCAUCUCAUCUCGACAGAAGAAGCCAUCGAUUUCACCUUCUAAACUAAACCUUUCACGUUUGAUUUUAAGAAUUUGGAUUAUGCUUUUUACGAGUUUAGUUUUGGGAAUUUUUUCUAUGGAACAACAAGGGACCCAGAUAAUAGUUGAAAGUAAUUUCAACGAGAGGGAUACCUUUAGAGAAUCCUGAUCAACUGCGCCAUCCUGGGUUACUUGACAAAAGAAGGGGCCAGAGUUCAUCUGCCUUGUUUUCACACCACCUCUUCGUCGUCCAUUCAUUGAUCUCCCAUUAUCUCCGCGAAAAUGGUUGGAUUCAGGCCUGCAGACGUCCCCCCUACCGCGGCCGUGAAGUUCGUUGGUGCAGGGACUGCGGCCUGCAUUGCCGAUCUUUUCACCUUCCCCCUCGACACGGCUAAAGUCAGGCUCCAGAUCCAAGGAGAAUCCAAAGCCACCUGUCCCAAUGUCAAAUCCGUCAAAUACAGUGGCGUGUUUGGCACCAUCACCACCAUGGUGAGGACAGAGGGGCCCAGGAGUCUGUACAACGGGCUGGUGGCCGGGCUCCAGCGCCAGAUGAGCUUUGCCUCAGUCCGGAUCGGACUCUAUGACUCUGUCAAGCAGUUCUACACCAAAGGAGCCGAACAUGCUGGGAUUGGCAGCCGUUUGCUGGCUGGCUGCACCACUGGGGCCUUGGCUGUGGCUGUGGCUCAGCCCACAGAUGUGGUGAAGGUGCGAUUCCAGGCCCAGGCCAGUGCGGCAAACGGCAACAGGCGAUACCAGGGAACCAUGCAUGCCUACAGGACCAUUGCCAAGGAGGAGGGAGUGAAAGGACUGUGGAAAGGAACUGCACCCAAUAUUGCCCGCAAUGCCAUUGUAAACUGCACUGAAUUAGUGACCUAUGAUCUCAUCAAAGAUGCUCUCCUGAGACACACCUCGAUGUCUGACAACCUUCCUUGCCACUUCACCUCUGCUUUCGGUGCGGGUUUCUGCACUACUGUGAUUGCUUCCCCUGUGGAUGUAGUGAAAACAAGAUAUAUGAACUCUGCUCUUGGCCAGUACCGCAGUGCCUUGUAUUGUGCACUCUCCAUGUUGACAAAGGAGGGGCCCAUGGCUUUCUAUAAAGGGUUCAUGCCUUCUUUCCUCCGUCUGGGCUCCUGGAAUGUGGUGAUGUUUGUCACCUAUGAGCAGCUGAAACGAGCAAUGAUGGCAGCUCGCCACAACUGGGCAUCUCCUCUGUGAACGCCGCUGUAGUGCCACAGUGCUUCUUGCUGUAGUGUUUGGUUUACAUUUGUUUGUACUGUAGCUUUGUAGCUUUCUGUCUCUUACAUAUCAGUUUAACAUCCAGAGCUUUAUGCCUACGGAGUAAAUGCUGGUGUUUUUUCUUAAUUAGACCCUGAUUAGAUAAUGAUCUCACUUGUAAGACCUUUCUUUGUUUUAAACCAAGUAGGAAGCCUUUAUUAGAUAAAUUCCCAUGCUAUCUCUAUUAUGUUGCUGGAGUGUUCUUCCUCUUUUGUUCUUGUAACUAUGUUCAAUGCAUCAAGCAAAAUAAAGAAAAACAUCACACUGA